AUGGCCAACACUACCGAUCCCCCAUCCCAGUCCAAUGCCCGCGCCUGGCUGAUCAUCACCGGUGCAUCGACCAGUCUGUUCUGCACCGUUGGCUUCAUGAACUCGUUCGGUGUCUUUGAAGAAAUCUACGGCGUCGACAAGGCUCAUGGUGGCCUUAAUGUUGCAAAUGGCAAUCUAUCGACUAUCGCAUGGCUGGGUGCCAUUGCAGUUCUGUUUUUCUUUGGCAUUUCCCCCAUUGCUGGUGUUCUCAUGGACAUUUUUGGUCCAAAGCUCCUCACCUGCACCGGUGCCAUUGGCAUGGUCUUCAGUAUUAUGAUGAUCUCCCUCUGCAAACAAUUCUGGCAGUUCCUCCUCUGCCAAGGUGUUCUGCUCGGCAUUUCCAUGUCCCUGGUCUCCUGGCCAAUGCUGGCCCUCGUCGCUAAGAAUGUGACCGCGAAGAACCGAGCCGCAUCCAUGGGUAUUGUCCUCGGUGGCUCCUCUCUUGGUGGAAUUGUGUGGCCCAUUGCCAUCGACCAGAUGAUGAAGAACCACAGUCUCGGCUUCCCCUGGACCAUGCGCAUUUGUGCAUUCAUUAUGAUUCCCCUCUUCAUUCUGCCCUGCGCAGUUGCCAGUGCACCGUCUGCUCCCCCAGUCCCGGCCCCAAAACGCCCCAUCGCAACUAGUGAUUCCGAAACGGAGGUGUCUGGAAGAGAGAACCGCGUGGACCAUGCUAAAGAGGCUUCCGAAAAGCAGGCCGCAGUCACAGAAGAAAACGUUGACCUCAAGGAGGAACGCAAGAAGCUGUUCAAGAAGCCGGCGAUGUUGCUCCUUUGCCUGGCUCUGUUCUUCACCUACUUCGGAAUGUUUGGCCCGUUCUUCUACAUCACUACGUAUGCGAUCCAGAAGGGAUUCUCUUCCACCCUUGCCUUCUACACGAUCUCCAUUGUGAACGGUGCCUCGUUCUUUGGCCGAGUGAUUCCCGGCGUGCUGGCCGAUAAAUACGGUAAAUUCAACUUGAUCAUCCUCUCCAACCUCCUGGCCGGGAUCAUCGCCAUGUGUUGGACCAAGGUGACAUCCGUCGCGGGCCUGGUCAUCUGGUGCGCUGCUUACGGCUUUGCCUCUGGUGGAAUUCUUUCGCUCCAGCAGGCCUGCGCCGCACAGGUUGCCAGCCGACACACCAUGGGCCUUGCCAUUGGCACCGUCGUGGGAUCAACUGCCCUUUCCGCGAUGGCCAACAUUCCCAUCAGCGGAGAGCUCGUCUCGAAGCAUGGCUGGCUCUCUAUCGCCAUGUUCUCCGGGUCCACCCUCCUCCUCGGCGCUGCCCUUCUGAUCCUCGCCCGGCUGUCCCUGAACCCCCGAAUUUUCGCAAUCGUUUGA